AUGGACAAUCGAGAGUUUCCCUUCAUGGCCUCCAUGCAAUAUCAACCCAGCAUUGGCCGAGAUCCCUACCACCGUUGUGGAGGCACCAUUAUUGCCAAACGAUGGAUCCUUACGGCAGCUCAUUGUGUUGUGCUCUCGGGCAAUGUCAUUCCCUCAGAGAAACUCUCAGUCAUGGUAGGCUCUUAUCGGCUCUCCACUUGUAGUCUGGAAGGAUUUCACGAUGAGGAGCAGAUGAAUUCGGGCACUACUACUACGAGUACCACCACCACCAGUAGUAGUAGUACCACUAUGACUCGCAAGACUCAAUUCAGGUUUUGGAAUUGUGUGAGAGCGAGAGUGAAGCAGGCUCAUGUUCAUCCUCACUACAGUGAUGCUUUUGCAGCCAAUGAUGUUUCCUUAUUGGAGCUCUAUGAGGAUUUGCCCUUCUCUUCAUCGAUUCAACCCAUUGCCUUAACAUUGAGAAGACCCUCCUUCGGUACUCAGCAUAUGGUCACUGGUUGGGGAUAUUACAGUGGAGCCAAUAAGGUGUCUGACUAUAUGAGAAAGGGAUUUGUACCCAUUGUACCAGAUUCGGAGUGUAAUGAGUUGAGAUUGGGAAUGGCCACGUCGAGAGGACAGACCUGUGCAGGAGCUGGUAAAGGUGUUGACACUUGCGCUGGCGAUUCUGGUGGACCUUUGUUUUUCGUUCAAAAUGGGAUUUACACUCAAACGGGUCUAACAAGUUAUGGACCUGACAAGUGUGGUGUUGAAGAAUCUUACAGUAAUCGAGGAGUAUACACCUCUGUGGAUUUCCAUCAACAAUGGAUCAUGUCCUUAACAAAUCUCACGUCCUCUGGUAAUUUCACCAAAUUCGAAAUGCAUGCCGUUGGAGAAGCUCCUUCCACUCGAUAUUCAUCGACACUUGUGAUGGGAGUUCUUCUUUUCUUUUGGGUUGUCUUGGUUCAAUAA